CGCUACAGCGACGUGCCCGAGGACGAGGCCAUCGUGAGCUGGUGCGAGGACGGCCGCGCGUUCAUCGUCCGGGACCGCACGCGGUUCUGCGAGGAGGUGCUGCCCGCGUACUUCUCCCACAACAAGUGGGCGUCCUUCACGCGCAUGCUGAACCUCUACGGGUUCAAGUGCAUCAAGCUGGGCCGCUGGGUCGGCACCUACGAGCACGAGUGCUUCCGGCGCGGCGAGCCGCAGCUGCUCCAGAGCAUC